CCACCCACGGAUAAGUGGCUUCAGCUCAGACCGAGACGUCACUCAAGAAAACCCCAGCCAACCUCUGGGGACUGUUCUCUUGCAAGGCCCAGAGAGGCUGAGUGGGCACCCCACCGGCUGCCCAGGACCCCAGUUCUAUGGGGAGCAACCAGGGGAGCCGAACAGAAGCAAAGCCCCUCCCCCGGGGGGGCCCAGGAAGGGCCAGCAGGCUCCUGGGGGGCACUGUGGCCGUGGUGCUCAUCCUUGGCGUGGCUCUCGCUGUCCUCUUCGUGUGCCGCCGGCAGAAGAGCCGGCUGGGGACGCUCGGUGACCAGACCGAUCUGCCUCCCUCCCAGAAGCUGGAGCCUUCCCCGGACAGGCAGAGCGGCCAUGCACCGGACGGCAGCCAGGUGCUCCACCUGGAGUCCGGGAGGCGGCGGCAGCAGCAGCAGGAGGAGGAGGACGAGGGAGAGGCUCUGCAGAAGCUGUCCCUGCAGCCCCCCUACUAUGACCUGGGCUUCUCCCCUGCCCACCACCCCCUGGUAAGGACCACCGAACCCCGAGGACAGGGGCCCCAGACCGGGCCGAGAGCCCGAGAGGGAACGAGGAUACUGGAGGCUGAGAGGCGGGGGAAGGGCAGGCCUAGGAGCCCUUCCUGGCUGUACCACUGCAGGUGUCCAGGGCCAGACACAAGACAGACCAGUGGGAGAAUGGGCUUCCCACUGAGGCUGAGCCCAGUCCCUCCCAGCUUUCCCUCCCCCAGGCCCCGCCCCCCACUCGUACCCUGCACCCCAGUCCUGCCAACGAGCACCAGAAUGCCAGCCGCAGCCCCUCCCCCUGGCCCCACUCCCAGCCACUGAAAGGGCCAGCGUCCACUUGAAUGGCUGCCAUCCCUGCCCACAGCCCAUUCCUUUCAGCAGACUUGGGGGCUGGGGGCCCUCUCCCUGUGGUGCCAGCCCAGAGACCCGGACCAGCCCACCUGGGCCCAAAGAUAACACACAGUCUCCUGGCACGGUGGGCGAGCCAGGUCUUUGUCUCCACAUACAGCCCGCCUCCUCCUUGGCUGGCAGUGCCAACAUGGGCCCAUUUGGGUGCCAGAUCCUGCAUUUCCUUCCCUGGGUGCUGAGCCCAGAGGACCAACCCAGCCCCCACCUCCUGGUCAGAGACAGGGGGCGGGAGCCCUAGAGACUCAGAAGGAGCCGGAACUGACUGGACCAAAGGGCAGUCCUCAGGCGGCAGCCAGGCAACCCCUGUCCCACGCUUCUUCCCCACGGAGGGUGCGGCCUGCCUGUCCAUCAGAGGCAUCCCAGCAGCAGGGUGGAGCACCCACUGCGUCCUAGGCACCUCGCUGAGCCUCAGAGCGGUCGGUGUGGUGAGCCUGUGCUUGUCUCCAUUGUGUGGAUGAUGACACUGAGGCUCAGGGACUGGGUGCUGGGCCUUGAAUGCAUGCAUCCCCUAAGGGUUCGUGUAGUGGGGGCUUGGUCCCCAGUGUGGUGCUGUUAGGAGGUGGCCUGGUGGGACGUGGGCAGGUCACUGGGGUGCUGCCUUCAGAAGGGAUUAAUGCAGUGCUCACGGGACUCCGUCAGUUCCCACGAGAGGGUGGUUGUGACAACCAUGCCCAGCCCCCCUCUGUCUUGCCACCUGCUCUCACUCACACACUCCUGCCCUGAUGCCAUUAGCCACGAUGCAACACAGCCAGCCAAACAGAGGUCAGCACCGUGCUCUUGAACUUCCAGAACCGUGAGCAAAAUAAACCUUUCUUCCCACAGUACCCAGCCUCAGGAAUUUAAUUAUAGCCACAGGAAACAGACUAGGACAAGAGGCUUGCCCAAGAUCCGCCAGUUGGUGAUUGGAGAAAGCGUAACUUAAAGCCCAGGUCCUCUGCUCUCGAGUCUAGGCCCUAAGCAGGCAGCAGGUGUGCCCGAAGACAAAGGAGGGCUUGAAGAGCCUCAGGCAAACGGUUCAGGAAACACAGAGCCUCCUGCAGACCCCGGCCUCCUGUGUGCCACCUGUGGCCUGGCUGCCCCUCAGCCCCAGGAGCCCAAAGAGGAGGCCAGGUAGCCCUGAGAGCUUGGGUGCAGAGCAGAGCUGGGGGCCAGGUUGUCACUCUGGGCCACAGAAGCAGCACGGCACCCCCAAGCCUGCCUCAAGGCCGUCAGAAAGAACCUUAUCCCAAGCCUGAAAGCGGGAGAGGUAGGACGGAGUGGGGAGCCCCGCUGACUCCAGAACAGAGCACACUGGCCUGCCCCCCACCCUAGUCCCCAGUCCCCAGCCUUCCUCGUCAGGGAGGGAGAAGCGGGGAGAAGCGAGAUGAUGGAAGUCGGCAAUUUGGAGACCACGGAAAACUCCGAUGGGAUUCCCUGGGGCCCGGGCACGGCAUGAAAUCGCUGUGAUGUAGGAGGACAGCUGCAGCUGGCCCUAAUCCGCUCCGACGACGCCUCCGUCUCGCUCUCCGACUGCUGCCCCCGCAGCCUGGCAUGCAUGGCCCUCCCCGGGGGCACAGGAGGAGCCACGCCAUGGCUGGCGGCUCUGGCUCAAGGGCAAUGCCCCGUGCCUCGGCCCAGGGGUGGCGUAUGGAGGUCCCCAGGGGAAGGCAAGCUCUGGCAUCCCGGGAGGCCCCCUUGUUGUCAACAAGAGAAGCGUAAUUCCUGUUAGCUCGCCCGGCGAUUACACAGCCUGGGAAGGAUUUAUCCCCAGUCCUCGGGUUUGUUGCCGGUGCAGCAUGUAUACAAGGCACAUUAUUGAUGUUGUCAUCAAUUCUCCCUCCCAACAAGCAGUGAGAGGGAGCCAGGCGGAGAGCAGGCACUGUUCACCGAGGCCAGGCUCCCGGGAGCCGGCGGGAAGGCUGGGGCCCCACAACUGGAGGCUCCUCCAAGCUCCGUGGCCCCAGCCUGGGUGGGCCCAGGCCCCUGUCAGUGUGGACCAGGCGCACGCUGCACACCCAUCCACAGGUGCUCACUGAGGCCACAGCCCUCCCCUCCAUGUCGGCAUUUGGUUGCAUUUGGACAGCUCAGUGACUCUAGGCUAGAUCUCAGGGAGGACUUCCACAGGCCCCAAAGCCAGGGUCUGGGAGGGGAGACACUGCUCUGCCUUGAGGGACAGGGAUUCCCGCCUCCUCGGUCCUGUGAGCCCGGGCAGCACAGGUGAGAGGCAGAAGACUGCACGCCACGCCUGCAGGGGAUGGGGUCGAAGCUGCCGUGUGUCCCCAGCCACAGACCCUAAGGUGAGGUGGGAUGUGCAAGAAUCAUGGGGCCACCUGUGAGGGGUCCAGGAGGAGGCGGAGCCUGCCGGUGUGAGGCUACGCUGCUGUCCCUGUGAGAAGAGGGCAAGGAGGGCUUGAUUAGAAGUCUCAGAACGGCAGUGAGAAUCCCCGGGGCCCCAUCCAGAUCAGUCACUGGUGGGUGCCGUCUGGGUACUGGUGGGCUCAGUGCAAACCCUCUGGGAGGUCGGGCAGGGUGGCAGAUGGGCCUGUAGCCAACCACAGCCCUGCUGCCAGAAAGCCAAGCUGCCCACGUCCUCAGCUGCCACAGUCCACACAGGACCACUCGUCCACCCAGGUUCAGCGCCCGGCGGCUCCUGUUGCGACCCAGACCUCACGCUCCCCUUCCCAUGUCUGCCCGAAAACCCCUCUCUCAGCUGCGCCCAGCGGGUCUCUGUGGCUCACCCAAGCUUCCGCCCUGAGGGCAGACCCUUCCCAGGCCCGGGGAUUGCAUGAGGCCGUUCAGUGGGACGACAGAAGAGGCACCCCAGUACACAGGUCCCGGAAGGCCAAUACAGCCACCUCCCUACCCCCACUGACAGCAGCAGCCUGACCUGCGGGGGAGGGGGGUCACUAAACCCUGCCAACACGUGGCACCCCAGUGCCCAGGCAGCGGCUUGGGAGCAGUGCAAGGGGACCCUCCAGGCAGAGCCCCCUGGGACAGAGAUGCAAGCUCCGAAUCUCCCACUGGGACACAUGAGCCGGGGAAAGAAGGCCCCUCCUUGGCUCCCAGCCCCUGGUGCUCUUCCUGUUGGGCACUCCGACCACUUAACGACCCUUGCGGGUGCGGCCAUGAGCGGGCACUUCAGCUGGCGGUCAGGAAACUGCUCCAGCGGUGGUGGACUGUCUCAGCCCGUCCAGCCUGCUGUAGGGAAAUAGCGGGUAAACAUCAGGAGUGUCUGUCUCACAGUUCCGAGGCUGACAAGUCCACGGUCAAGGUGCUGGCCGUUCAGCGUCUGGCUAAGGUGCCACUUCCUGGUGCAUAGAUGGUGUAUUCUCUCCACGUCCUCAGAUGAUAGGAAGGCAAGUGAGCUCUCCGGGCCUCUUUUCUUUUCUUUUUUUUUUCUUUUCUUUUCUUUUCUUUUUUUUUUUUUU